UAUGAAUGUCUGUUUUUCUCUCUAAAACUCUCAUUUUGUAAUGGAUCCCACUUCUAAUUCUUCUUCUAUCUCUUCUCCAAAGAUAGAUGGUCUUGAUCAGAGCAAUCAUUUGAGGUUUAAUCCUUCAAAUCUUAGAAGUGGGUUUGUUAGAAUUCCAUCUAAAGGAACCAUGGCAAGUCCAGGCAGUUCUGUCCCCAAAAUUGUUACUGGCGAGUUUGGAUAUGUUCUUCAGGAUGUUCCUCAUUUUUCAGAUUAUAUUCCCGAUCUUCAAACAUUUCCCAACCCAUUGCAAGACAACCCUGCUUACUCAGUAGUCAAGCAAUAUUUUGUUCAUGUGGACGAUACUGUUCCUGAGAAGGUUGUUGUUCACAAAAAUAGUCCAAGAGGGAUACAUUUUCGACGGGCUGGACCACGACAGAAGGUGUAUUUUGAAUCAGAUGAAGUAAAUGCCUGCAUUGUUACCUGUGGUGGAUUAUGCCCUGGUCUCAACACAGUGAUCAGGGAGAUAGUUUGUGGGCUUAAUCAUAUGUAUGGUGUGAAGACGGUCCUCGGAAUAGAUGGAGGCUACAAGGGUUUCUAUUCUCGAAACACCAUCCUUUUGACACCAAAAGUUGUGAAUGAUAUCCACAAAAGAGGUGGAACCGUACUUGGGACAUCGAGAGGUGGCCAUGAUACCCAAAAGAUAGUUGAUAGUAUUCAAGAUAGAGGCAUUAAUCAGGUGUAUAUCAUUGGAGGAGAUGGAACUCAAAAUGGAGCAUCUGUUAUUUUUGAGGAAAUCAGAAGGCGUGGUCUCAAAGUUGCAGUUGCCGGAGUCCCCAAAACAAUAGAUAAUGACAUACCGGUCAUUGAUAAGUCUUUUGGUUUUGAUACUGCUGUUGAGGAGGCUCAACGUGCUAUCAAUGCUGCACAUGUUGAAUCUGAAAGUGCUGAGAAUGGAAUUGGUUUAGUAAAGUUAAUGGGCCGCAACAGCGGAUUUAUUGCAAUGUACGCGACCCUAGCGAGUCGAGAUGUAGAUUGUUGUUUAAUCCCAGAAUCACCCUUCUACCUGGAAGGACCUGGAGGACUUUAUGAAUACAUAGAGAAGCGGUUAAAAGAAAAUAGCCAUAUGGUUAUCGUGAUUGCUGAAGGUGCAGGGCAGGAGCUUCUUUUGGAAAGUGUAACCGAUCAACGUGAUCCUUCAGGAAACAAAGUUCUGAAAGAUGUUGGAUUCUGGAUAUCUCAAAGUAUAAAGGAUCAUUUCAAAGAUAAGAUGACAAUUAACCUCAAAUAUAUCGAUCCAACUUACAUGAUCCGAGCUGUUCCAGGCAAUGCCUCGGAUAAUGUUUACUCUACACUUCUUGCUCAAAGUGCCAUUCAUGGAGCCAUGGCUGGAUACACUGGUUUCACAAGUGGACUUGUCAAUGGCAGGCAGACCUAUAUACCAUUCUACAGAAUAACGGAGAGACAGAACAGGGUAGUGAUCACGGAUAGGAUGUGGGCGAGACUACUUUCGUCGACAAACCAACCUAGUUUCAUGAACCCGAAGGAUGUGAUUGAAAACAAUAGAGAUGAAGAGCCACCUCCACCAACAAAUUCUUAAAAAGAUAUUUAUCAUUAUUAUCAUCAUCGUUAUCCUAGUGUAUUUUAGAAUAAAAUAACGACCCUAUUUUGUAUAUGUCGAAAUUCAAAUGGGGUGAGAAAUUUUUUUUUUUUUCAAUAUAUAUGCCUGCCAACUUGCCAUUUUCCAAAAUGUAUUGGGGAAAAAUGGUUUUUGUGAUGAAAGAACACACUAUAUUGCAAUAAUGAAGUUUGAAGGCAU